UCUCUCUAUCUCACACUUGCUCCUCCAACGAACUCCGCCAUUGACAGCUUCAGCCUCCGCAUGCAGCUGCUGAAGUUUGGUGUACUUGCUCUUCUGGUACGCAGAAUUGGUUAGGCAAAAACAACUACUCCCUUCAGUAAGAAAUGCCCUGUCCGGAGAAAAAGCCCCAAUAGAAUUGGUCGCAUCUCCCACGACAACUUUCACAUUGCUGGUCAAGAUGGUUUUCAGCCCACUUUCAACCUUACAGCCCAAAGAUUGGCACAAAACAAUUCAUGUGCGUGUCUGCAGAAAAUGGGAGUAUCGUGGAAUCAACGAAGACAACCCCUUGCAGCAUAUCGAUUUGGUUCUUGUCGACAGCCAGGGAAACACCAUGUAUGCUGAGAUCCCAGCAAAAGAGGCAGACAAACAUGGUCCGAUUAUACAAGCUGAUAGAACUUAUGUCAUAAGCCGCUUCAGAGUUUGCAAUGCAAAAGAUGCUUUCAGAUCUGUUCCUGGACCAUAUAUGUUGGAGUUUACCUGCCAUACCAAAAUCAGUGCAGCAACUGAAGAAAUAACUGAACCCAAGUACAUCUACAACCUAACUCCAUUCAGCAAACUUCCAGAGUUCAUUAACGACAAAAAAAAAUUCCAUGAUAUCUUGGGCAUACUCACAGAGAUAAAAGAACCGCAAUGGAUUCCAUUCUCAAAUCAAUCCAAACCUAGUCUGCGUCGUGAUAUCAAGCUGAAAGAUGAAAUCGGUGAAGAGAUCAAGCUAGUUCUUUGGGGCUCCAAAGCAACACAAUUUGAUAUUCCAGAAGACACAACUUCAGAAGACAAACCAAUCAUAAUAUUAUUCACUGGAUGCCUUGUCAAACUUUACCGUGGUGAACUUAAUGUCAGUGGCUACUCAGCUUGCCAUUGCACACUGGGACAAUCUUUCAAGAUUAAACGAGCUGGCAUUCCAAUUACUAAGCAAAACCAACCAGAGCCUAUUGCUGUACCAGAUUUACUAACACUCAGAGAAAUGGAAGAGAUAGAUCCUUAUGAAUUUCCGAAAACUGGAUGCCGCUGCACUGUAACUAUCAUCCGUUUAGCUGAAACACAAUCUUGGUGGUACCCAGCAUGCAAUUUUUGUCGCAAAUCGUGUCAACAAGAUGGUUCUUCCUACAUAUGCUUAGAAUGCAAUACCAUUGAUAAAUACUCAUACAAAUACAAACUUCCAUUCAUUGCUUCUGAUGGGACUGAAGAAUCUGAGAUGAUUGCAUUUGCUACUGUUGCUCAUCGUAUUGUUGGUAAACCAGUUGAAGCUGUGAUGAGAUCUUAUAGAAACAGAGAUAACAUUCCCGCUGAUAUUGCAGCUAUAGUCUCGUCCAAAUUCACCUUUUCUGUUACCAUGGCCGAAGCUAGCUACCGCAACCCUAAGAAAUCAUACCAGGUCAAUAGUAUAAUUCAUAGCUAUGGCAAGCAACGUGCCCUUCCAUUCCACCCUCCCAAUCAAAGCCAGCUGGUAACCCAAAAUGCCAACGUCUAUGCCCAAUCAAGUGGAAGUGUCCUUCCAUCAAACACACCUAAGAGCAGUUCUGAAUCACCUAUCCUUGACACACCUACUAAGAUGCUGCCUCUAGAACAGUUUUCUCUUCAGACCCCAGCUAAAACCUCUGAGCUUCCUCCAAAUGCUUCAGAAGAGAACACCAAUACCCUCUCUACAACACCACCUGCAACAAAAUCAUCCAAGAAAAGACUCCACAUGUCCGAAAAAGAUGAUGAAGUGGAUGAAGAAGAGUCACCAUCUGAGACAGCAACACUUAACAGGGAGAAUGAUGAUGAAAAAACUUCUGAUCUACAAAGGAAAGACUGA